AUGAAGUAUAUAAAUACCAUUUGUCUUGUAUUAAUCUUCCUUUCUUCUAAAUGUAACACUCAAAAUUAUGAUAAGGAAAAUUUAAAGAAACUGACGGAAUAUCGCCAACAACAUAGAAAAACAGUUGACGGGCGUCUAUGUGCAGCAGCUUUUGUUCAGGACGAUCAGACAUAUACAGACUGUACUAGGGCGACAGAUCCAAAUGGUAUAACUGGAAAAGAAUGGUGCUAUGUCGAAGUUCAAUUAAUAGGAAAAGGAAAUAGAGAUUGGGAUUACUGCAAAGGAGUUAUUAAUUAUGAUGUUGUACGAAGUAAAGCACGUACUUUCUUCCAAGCUAAAUCCAAUGAACUUCAUGAUGCUGUAAACAAAUUAGAUUUUGAAUACAAAAAAUUAGUUGGUAUAUAUGAAAAAUAUAAAGAAGUAUGUGGUAAUGCAUCCGAUUUGUUAAAGAAAAAAAUUCAAGAUAUUAAUGAUUUAGCAAAAAAUUCCAGUCGUAAUAUUAAUAGAUUACUACUACAAGCAACAUCUUUAAGUGAUAUAGGAAAUAAAAUAAUUGAACUAGAAGAUGAUGUAGAAAAAAAUAGAAAAUCAUAUCUUCAAAAUAAAAAAAACUGUUCUAUGCAAAAAGGUUAUGUUGUAGAAGAAAAAGCGGAUGGAUUAAUGGCUAGCUAUUAUAAUAAUGCUUAUUUUUCUGGUUAUCCUACAGCCAUACAUAAUGAUAAAUAUAUAAAUUUUAUAUGGGACACAGGGAUACCAAUAGAAAAUAUUCCUUAUCAACAUUUCUCAAUUAGAUGGGAUGGAUAUUUAAAAAUCCCUGAAUCAGAUAAUUACAUUUUCUCAGUAGAUCAUGAUUGUGGGAUAAGAUUAUUUCUAGAUAAUUCUCCUAUAAUUGUAGAUAAUAUGCCUUUCCCAAAAGAAGAAGAAUCGGAAGAAAUAAGACCUAUAUCGAUUCAGUCAUUUGAUAAGAUGAAUACUAAAGUGCAUAAAACAAGCUCAGAAAAGUUAGGAUUAAUAGGGGGAAAGAAAUAUAAAAUAAGAAUUGAAUAUUUUCAUUUAAGUACUAUGAAAUUUGAAAAUCCAGAUAUAUCCCAUAUUAUCUUAUAUUGGAAAUCUAAUAAUAUUAUGGAAGAAAUAAUACCAACAAAUUAUUUUUUUCAAGGUAAUGUAUCUACGCCUUUGAGAAUAACAGAAUUAAAUGGAGAUUCAUUUGAAAUAUUUCUAUUACAAAAUGGGGUACACGCAUUUAUGAAUAAUAUGGGUUAUUUAAUUAAUGACAUACCUACAGUACAUGAAAAAUUAAAAGCAAUUAGAUCGCUAUAUAAUUUUAAUAAAAAUAUGAUCAAAUUUAGAAUAAAUGUAUAUUGUAUCGUUUAUAUAGCUAUACCAAAAGAAGAAAAAAAGAAUGUACCUUUAAAUGAUAUUACUAAAAAACAAUUUACAAACACUAAAGAAACCUUAUCAAUAUAUGAAGUAAAAGAAAAUUCAAAUAAUAGUUCAACGGAACAAAAGAUAUAUUAUAUAUAUUCUUCACAAUAUAAUGAAGGCGAGGUUAUUAUAUCUCUACCUACUCCUACAACAUUUUUACUCUUUAUACAACCAAGCGAUUUACGAUCAGGUGAUACAUGUAAAGGUUAUGUACAACCAGUUUCUUUGACCAGUUCUGAUUAUUUCCAUUCAUGUUAUACCUCUUCUUAUGAAUCCCAAAUGUUUGAUUGUAAUGCUGGAUUUAGUGGAAAUAACCAAGAAAAAGAAUAUUCAACAUGGAAAACUUCACAAAACAAAUCACUAGGACAAUACGUAAGUAUAAAUUUUAAGUAUGAAAUAGAUAUACACUCUUUUACAUUUAAAACAUUGGAUUUAACUAAUAAUAAUACAAUCAAUGAAUUAUCUUUAUAUUUUCCAAACAUAAAGAACCCAGAAAUAUUUUCUAUAUCUCCAGGGCAUCAUCAUUAUGUGCUUAAAACCCCCAUAAAGACUAAUACAGUAAAAGUUGUAAUUUCCAAAGUAAAUAAUCCUAAGUCUCAAACAGGUGGCAAUAUAACAUUUUAUGGUAUACCAUGUAUAGAUACAAAAAACCAAGAAAAAGAAUUAGACAAAAAAAAAAGUCAAUAUGAAAUUAAUAUUUUUUUUAGGAGCAAAAAUGUACAUAUUUCUAAACCAUUCAAUUGGAUAAUAGAUAAUGGAAUGAAAAAAUUAGAUCAUGGAUUUUUCAAAUAUGGAUGGGAUUUAUUACCUACACCAGUUGAUUUAAGAUAUUUAGAUAAAACAGAUCCUACACAUGCAGGAAUUGCGUUUACCCCAUAUGAAUGUAAUAACACUAAUACAUGUAAUAAGCAAACAUUUAAUAAAUGGUCUAUUGAUCUUAUACAUGAAGGAACAUAUUCUGUUACUAUAGAAAUAGGAUCUCCUACAGGAAAACAAGAAAUAAAUUCAAUUAAAGUUAAUAAUGAAAUUUUUAUAAAUAAUAUUUUUCUUAAACCUAAGCAAUAUACUAAAGUAAUUUCUAACAUUGUUAUCAAAGAAAAUAAGACAUUAGAACUUACAACGAACACAAAUACGGUAAUACAAUCUAUACAGAUAUUAUUCCUUCAUAGCUGA